CAAUUAUUUGUUCCAGGCAAGCGACGACGUUCUCGUCAUUCCUGCCUAUCAUUACGUCCCAGGUAUUGAGAGGUUCCACAGUCGGCAGUCCCCCCAUUUGAAACAGCUCUCUUGCACUUGGUGUCUCCAAAAUCAUAAGAAGACAAGAUUGGGUAGUUUCUCUGCAGCCCAAUGAGGUUCACAAAACCAGCAUGGGUCGUUCAUCAAGAAACUUCUGAUAAGAAAAAAUUGGGGAUUUUCUCCAUUAGUGUCCAUCCAGAUGGCUCGCGCAUAGCUACGGGGGGACUCGACUCAAAAAUACGGAUUUGGUCGACCCUGCCUAUCCUUCGGCCAGAAUAUGAUGAUUCUAUCCCCUCUGUGGAUCCGAAGAAUGCUCCUUCAAAGUCCCUUUGCACUCUUUCCAUGCAUGCUGGACCUGUCUUGGUGGUGAGGUGGUCCCAUUCUGGAAAAUGGCUGGCUAGCGGAUCGGACGACACAAUCAUAAUGAUAUGGGACUUGGAUCUGUCUGGUGGAGGGAAAGUGUGGGGGACGGACGAAACAAAUAUCGAAGGAUGGAAGGCUCUUAAACGGUUGCCUGGCCAUGACUCAGAUGUCACCGACCUUGCGUUUUCCCCUGGCGAUAGAUAUCUGGCCAGUGUUGGCUUGGACAGCAAAGUCCUGAUUUGGAAUGGUGCAACCUUGGAGCUAAUCCGAAUGCUUGAUGGGCACCAGGGUUACGUUAAAGGUGUAUGUUGGGACCCUGUUGGUCAAUAUUUGGCUACCCAGUCAGACGAUAAGUCGGCGAAAAUCUGGAACACGACCGACUGGAAAUUGGAGACAAGCAUCACGCAGCCGUUCGAGAAGUCCCCAGGAUCUACAUUUUUUCGUAGACUCAGCUGGUCCCCUGACGGGGCUCACAUCACUGCAUCCAAUGCGAUGAACAACAAUGGAUACGUAUUUGUUGCAGCAGUAAUCUCUCGCUCAUCGUGGAGCUCCAAUAUAUCGCUUGUCGGGCACGAAAACACUGUUGAGGUGGCAGCAUACAACCCCCACAUAUUCCGUCGAGAUCCAGAUUUACCCGUGACAACAGCCAAUAUCUGCAGCGUCGUCGCUCUUGGGUGUGAUGAUUUGUCGAUCUCCAUAUGGCAAACAAAAUCGGCCCGGCCGCUUAUUGUUGCUAAAGAUGCGUUUGAAAGACCUGUUAUGGAUCUAUCAUGGUCAUUGGAUGGCAUGACGCUUUAUGCGUGCUCUUCAGAUGGAACCAUUGGUGUUUUUGAUUUCGACGCCUCAGAGCUCGAAGGAAUAGCGCCGCUCUCUGUUCAAGCGGAUUACCUUAAAUUAUUUAAUUUUACUGCCCCUCCAGAAGACACCCCAAAUCUCAACAUGAGUGGCAAAAAGAAGCGCCGCAUCAAGCCUGUAUUUGUAUCCCAUCUUUCUGGCCUCCCGAAUGGGACUCCAAUACCUAAUCAGCCAUCCAUGAACGGCGCAACCCCUUACCCAUCCUACCCAUCUACCUCUCAGGCCCCCCAACCAUUUGGUGCUCCCCAGCUCCCUGAUCCUGCCCCCAGCGCAUUCCGAGACCCUUAUACAUUUGCUGCGUCACAGCCACCAGGUUUCAGGGAUCCGACCUUUCCCCCCUACCAUCACACAGAACCGGAGCGCUUCCCUUCUCAUUCCAGCUCAUUCGCACCAAGUCAGGUGCCUCAAAUGGACACUAUCCAAAACGCUUCAAGGGCAAACUCACUCCAGAAUGGGGAUCAUCCCGAUGGGUCCGGAAAUAUGUGGGACAGUAUCGAUGGAGGGGCUAAUCACAAUGACACCUCGCGCUUGCCCAAGGCUCGCACACUUGGUGGAGAUCGACGACGAGAGCCAAUGGGACCUAUCAAAGAUAUUCGACCACCUUCAGUCGCGAAUCAGAUGAAUAUGAGCCCUUCAGGCAGUUCUACGAACCAUCGCCUCGCUAUUCCUGCGGUUCGAAACAUUGUAUUUGCAAAAGUGGAGGACCGAGAAACGGAUGUAUUCGAGGGGCGCAAUUCCGAAAAUGGCUCUUCACCCUCUGAAGUUAGCCUUAUCAGCGCCAAGCAGACACAGUUUUUGGAUUACGUCUCAGCGGGUGUGUUAGCGGUUACGGCGACCUCUGUUUUUUGUGCUGCUGCUUUGGAAGACGGAUCAAUCAAUGUGUACUCGCCUACAGGGAGACGGUUGAUGCCUUCCAUGCUACUCGAUUCCCCCUGCGUGUCGAUGAACGCGUGCAAGCAAUUCUUAAUGGCAAUAACAUCUUCAGCGCAUAUGUACAUUUGGGAUAUGAAGAAGCAGAAAGCACACGUAUCUGCUGUCCUCAUUCGACCACUAAUAUCCUCUCACUCGUCUGAUCUCUCGUCAGCGAUGAUCAGGCCUAAUGGCGCUCCUGUGUUAACUAUCUCCGCUGGCGCCGCUUUCACCUAUGAUAUUUCCCUCCAGGCAUGGCUCAGGGCCAGUGAAGCGCGUUGGGCAGAGGGAAGCGACGCCUGGGAGGGAAAGCAAAGACCAACUGCAAAUCGAGGCUCUGCAGGUGCCAGAGGGGUUGUUUCUUCUAUCGAGGCCGCUAUCAGUGACCUAGAGUUGAACAUUGGAGAACAGCGAGGGGACAGUACUCCCUGGUGGAAUGCAGCGCUCACGCUUGGACACCUGGAAACCCGACUUCACGCAGCGAAAUUGUUUGAUAGCCCUUCAGAGUACAAGAGUAAUCUUCAUCUGUAUGCGAAGAGGCUAGCUGAAGAGGGGUUCCGUGCCAAAGCCGAGGAAUUGAUGAAAGAGCUAUGCGGCCCACUAUACUGGAAACCUGGACGGGAUGACCUUUGGUGUCCAACAAUAAUGGGGAUGCAAAAAAGGGAAUUACUCAAGGAUGUUGCUGGCAUAUUUGCUCGCAGUAAAACAUUUGCCAAGCUUGGGCAGGAUUGGCAGGAGUUGAUGAAGAAAAUCCAUGCGGACAGCUGAUCUCUACAUUUUAUAUAUAUAUUACCUCUAGACGGUACUCAAUUCGGCUGGGUUAUUGUUCGGACUAUUCACGUUACUUUGGAUCUGUUGUAUCUCUAUUUCUCGACUUGCAACACCACCUUUUGUUGUAACUAAUGGUCCAGAGUCAAAUCCUUGUUUCCUGGUCACGGUCACGUUUCGCGCGUUCUCACACCCUGCUUGAACUUCUCGAUCAUCAACUCGAACGGCGA